AUGAAUCCUAUAAUGAUACACAUCAUUGACAUGCUCAAACCAGUAUCAAUAUCACCAGAGGAAAUAAAUGUUGAAAAUAUAAAAGAUAUUUUUACGGAACUCGAAAUUUGUGAUGAUAGUGAUAUGAAACUUUGUAUCGUGCCAUGCGUUUUUACUGAAAAAAAAAAUAAUAUCGAAUCAUAUUUGCCUUCCAUUCUUGACCCUCGUGUUAAAAAGUUUGAUUUUGCACCUGACAAGAUUAAACAAAUUCAAGAUCUGUUAAGAACCCGAUGUGAAAAUGCAAAAGAUAAUUCAACAACCUCAACGCCUACUGCUAACAUUUUAUCAUCCCCUUCCUACUUUCAUAACGCUAUUGUUUCUCCUUUUUACAAACCAACGCUUUUAAACAUCUUUAACAAUCCACCACCUCUUAAUUUACAGAACGAAAUAGAAGA